CUUUAUGCCUGUGCUUUUUUCCGGAGGAGUUACCACGAAUCUCCCGCAGACAGACAUUCUCUGGCGCUGCUGGCUUCGUCUAAUCUCACAUUAAAGCAGCAGGAGACCUCAUAGAGAAUACAAAGGUGCUGUUUUUCUUCUUCUUUUGAUUUUUCUUGAUUCACGUCAGAAAAAAAAACGCCAAUUUUUGUUCUUUUCUCCUUCGCUGAAAUCACUGAAAAACGUUCAGGAGCGCUGUCCUUGGUGCUGAAACCUCCUGCGACCUUUCCCAGCUGCAAAAAUGCGAAUGAAUGCGACUAAAAGAGACGAACUGACGCAAAAUUAAGCCCGGUGGACGCACGCGGAGUCGAGGACAACCUGUUAGCUUCUGCUGCACGCGCCUCUUACCGGACUCCCAGGGACAAGAGAGGAAGAAGAGCCACCAUUUGACUUCUCGUCUGCAUACCUAGUGACCUACUUCGUACAAGUUAGGGUUCAAACCCGCGACGCCGAAGCGGUGGAGAUGAAGCUGACGUGGAGACAGUGGUGACCCUGCACGUGGGGGAAAGUUGCUGUGAAAUCAAAGGAGAGUUACAGGAGAGGAGGAAGAGGAAGGAAAGGAGUGAUGAAGAGGCAGAGGAGCGGGGACAAAGGCAAGGUGAUGACCGCGUCUCUUCACCUGGAUGUCGGGCUCCUGCUGCUGCUGCUGGCCUGCUGGCAGACACCGAGGCUGGUCGGAGCGACUGUGCCGGCGGCCCCCGUGAACGUGUCGGUGACCCAGCUGAGGGCGCAUUCGGCCAUGGUGACCUGGAACGUCCCUCAGGGUGACACCGUCAUCGGAUACUCCAUCUCCCAGCAGAGACAGGACGGCCUGAUGCAGCGCUCCAUACGGGAGGUGAACACGUCAAGCCGCUGGUGUGUGCUGUGGGACCUGGAUGAGAAUACACACUACAGCGUGCAGGUGCAGUCGGUGGGGCCUCAUGGAGACAGCCAGCCGAGCCGGGCCGUCCACUUCAGGACUCUGGAGAAGACGGAUCAUUAUCCAGCUGGAGUCCUGGAUCACCAUGAACCGGCGAUGGAGGGUCUGGGGAUGACUCCUCACCUCCAGACAGGAGAGCUGCUCAUUAUCACCACAGUGCUGCUGCUGUGGGCAGCCGUGAUCGCCCUCUUCUGCCGUCAGUAUGACAUUAUCAAAGACAACGACUCCAACAGCACCAAAGAGAAAGCCAAGAGGCCACUGGUUCGCUCCACCUCCUCCUACUACAACGCCUCGACCGGCAGCUCGCCCAUCUACCACAACGGAGCCGUCCGCAGCAGCAGGCUGCACAGAGCCUCGUCCUCUAUCAGCAUCAUCCGAGUCUGAGCGCAGCAGGAUGGAUUUUUGAGACAUCAUGGCGGAGCGGCUACCUGAGGAACUUUUCAGCAUGAUUACGUGACAAACGGGGAAUUUAUAAACAUUCAGAGUCUAACUUAUCAUAAGAACUCAUUCAAGAAAUGGACGACUGCUGCCCUCUAGUGGUGGAAGACUGUUUCUGCAGCAUCAAAUGGAAACAGGAGGAAUCACCUGGAGCUGUUUUGAACUGAAAACAAAUUCAUUUAUUGUUGUAAGAAAAACUUUUUAUUUCAUUUCAUUUAGAGUUUCCCUGCAUGUCAGCCCAAUCCCAUCUGUCUCUGCUUUUGACUUUUCUGUUUUAUUUAUAUAUCCCUAAGAUCAUGUGUAUAUUCCAUCUUCUAAUGCGUAAUGAGAUGUACAUUACUAACACCAGAUCUAGUGUAUGAUAUGUAUUUAUGAAGAAUAUGUACAUAGGACAGAUUUAAGUCUUAGUAUUUCAGUGUAAAUUAUUACAUUAUGUCAGAUCUACACUGUAAACAUUCAUAUCCAGAUCAGUUAAUCAAUACCUUGUUUCAGUAAGUUCAUAUUAUCAUCUCUGUUUGGUAUGUUGAUGUUCUUCCUCAUUCUUGAAGGAUUUUUCUGAACUUAUAACUUCAUGACUUAAAUGAUCUUUUUCUGGUUGAAUUCUCAAAUAUCUUGGGACAAACUACGGGGAUUUCCAUCCUUGUUUUGUCACUCACCGUUGAUGGGAAAUGUAGUUUAUUAAAGCAAUAAAAGCUGCUGUCUGCAGAGCUGCUCCAGCUGGGCCUACAUGGACGAGUACGGCCUCACUCUGCUGCUUUUUAUUUAAACUCUGGUUCGAUUUAGUUUGUAUAUGUGAAUUCAGCCAUAACUUUUGGAUCUAAAGUCAUAUUCUGGGAUGCAUUUUGCUGUUUGCAGACUGAUUUUUGAUGCAAGUUUGCUGCAUAAUGAAGAAAUGGGAUUUUUUUGUCGAAAUGAUGACAGCAAGGAUCAUAUGUUUAGGGUUGUGUUCCAUUGAUCUUCAAAAUGACGGUUGUUUUAUGUUUAUAAAGGUUAAAAAUGAGCAGAAUGUCCUGUUUUAAGUGCUCUCUCUUUUAGGUAAUCAUCACUAUUUGAAGCUCUUUGGAUUGUAAUUUUUCCAAGACAAACAGUUCAAAUGUUAUGAAUCAUUAUGCAAAGCUGUGAAUGACCUUUAACAGUGGUGUUUAAGGUAGAACUGUUACGGUCUACUUUACACACCUGCAGCAGAUAUACUGCCACCUUAAAGGUUGUAAUUCCAGGACUUUCAGUUGUUUGGGGUAUUUUUAAAACACAGUAUCACUACUUAAACUUGAG